AGCUGAUUCUUGAUUUCCUGAAACUUAUAUGGCGGUCAUAUAAGUUUGGUUCUCACCGCCAUGGAGAAACCUUCCUUGUGAUCUAUAUAUACAAAUCUAUACUCAAUUUAUCAUCAUCUUCUUCUCCAAAACCAAAGAAUUUCUUAAUCCUUCUCACAAAUUUCAAUCUUCAUCUUGUGUUGUUCUUCGUCGGACAUCUAGGUUAACUGAUUCAAGUCAACAAUGCCGAAUCGUAAGGGAAAAACUGGUGGAAAUAAAGGAGGUCAGCAAGUAUGGAAAGAGAGUUCAAAAUCUGGACAAUCUUCUUCAGUUGCAGGUUCAGCGAAUUCAGCUGCGGAUCAAGGUAUAAACAAUAAGCUAAUGGGAUUAAGUGUUGGUGAAGUGAAUAAACGAGUGCAAAAUUUAGCUUCAACGGUACAGUUUGGUAGUGUCCCUUCGAUACAGCAGCAAGCACCUGUGCAGAAUGUAGCUUCACCGAUGCAAUUCGGUAGUGUCCCUUUGAAAGAACCGAGUACCGUCCAAGGCGAGAAAACUGUAUGGAAGCCUAAACAGUUUGGAACUGUUAGUGGACCGACAAAUGCUAUAGUUGGAGCUGGGGGUCCUGAUAUGACCGGGACUUCAGUUAGCAACCAGAAGGGUGGAGCUGCUUUAGCUGAAAAGAUUAGUGCAGGUUCACUAGCAGAAGAAUUUAAUGUGGAUGAAUACUCUUAUUCUAAUGCUAAGAUCAGGGCGAGUUUUUAUCCUAAAUUUGAAAAUGAGAAAUCAGAUCAAGAUGUAAGAACAAGAAUGAUAGAACUGGUCUCGAAAGGCUUGGCAUCGUUGGAGGUCUCACUUAAACACUCCGGAUCUCUUUUCAUGUAUGCGGGGCAUGAGGGUGGAGCAUACGCAAAGAACAGUUUCGGCAACAUAUAUACUGCUGUUGGUGUUUUUGUUCUUGGGAGGAUGUUUCGUGAGGUGUGGGGUACUCAAGCCUUUAAGAAGCAAGCAGAGUUUAAUAACUUUCUUGAGAGAAAUCACAUGUGUAUAUCUAUGGAACUGGUUACUGCUGUUCUAGGAGACCAUGGCCAGCGCCCUCUAGAAGAUUAUGUUGUAGUGACCGCAGUCACAGAGUUUGGCAAUGGAAAGCCCAAGUUUUAUUCCACUCCAGAAAUAAUUGCAUUUUGUAGGAAGUGGCGCUUGACAACAAAUCAGGUUUGGUUGUUCUCAACAAGGAAGUCAGUCUCUUCAUUUUUUUCUGCCUUUGAUGCCUUGUGUGAAGAAGGAACCGCUACGACUGUAUGCAAGGCCCUUGAUGAAGUCGCCGAUAUAUCUGUACCAGCGUCAAAAGACCAUACACAAGUACAAGGUGAAAUCUUAGAAGGUCUGGUUGCCCGAAUAGUGAGCCGUGAAAGCUCGAAACUCAUGGAGAAAGUUCUGAAGGAAUUUCCCCUGCCCUCUGAAGGAGUUACCCAUGAUUUAGGACCUAGCCUACGGGAGAUAUGUGCCGCCAACAGAUCAGAUGAAAAACAGCAAAUAAGAGCGCUCCUUCAGAGUGUUGGCUGCUCUUUCUGCCCCAACUUGGUGGACUGGUUUGGAGAUGGAAGCGGUGAUGCUAACGUGAGAAAUGUUGACCGCUCUGUUGUUUCGAAAUUCCUACUAGCACAUCCAGCUGAUUAUGCCACAACUAAGUUGCAGGAAGUUGUUCGUUUGAUAAAUGAAAAACGGUUCCCAGCUUCUCUUAAAUGUUAUUAUAACUUCCAUAAGAUAACCUCUCUUGCAGCAAAUAACAUACAUUUUAAGAUGGUUAUCCAUGUAUUGAGAGAUUCAGCUUUCAGGCAGUACCAGAAGGAGAUGAGGCAUAAUCCAGGCCUGUGGCCAUUGUAUAGAGGAUUUUUUGUUGACAUAAACUUGUUCAAAGUGAGCAAGGACAAAACUGCAGAAGUUGCAGAAGACAACAGUGCGCAAUCAAAGAAUGCAAAUGGUAGCUCUGAGACAAGUACAUCAGCAACAGGUGGUUUAGGUGAUGAAGAUGCUAAUCUGAUGAUCAAAUUGAAAUUCCUCACGUAUAAGAUACGAACUUUUUUGAUUCGGAAUGGGUUGUCAAUUCUUUUCAAAAAUGGUCCGGAAGCUUACAGGACUUAUUAUCUGAGGCAAAUGGAAAUAUGGGGUACAUCUUCUCAGAAGCGAAAGGAACUCAGCAAGAUGUUAGAUGAGUGGGCUUCAUACAUACGAAGGAAGUGUGGAAACAACCAGUUAUCAUCUUCCAUAUAUCUCACUGAAGCUGAGCCUUUCCUUGAGCAAUAUGCAAGACGCAGUCCACAGAAUCAGAUUCUUAUAGGAUCUGCUGGGAGUUUAGUAAGGUCUGACGAUUUCCUGGCAAUUGUUGAAUCAGGCAGGGAUGAAGAGGGUGACCUUGAAAAAACAGAACAGAAUCCAACAACUUCUAGUCCUACUCGUACUGUAAUGGAUUCAUCUCCAAAAAAAGAGGGUCUGAUUGUAUUUUUCCCUGGAAUACCAGGCUGUGCCAAGUCUGCACUGUGCAAGGAAAUAUUAAAUGCUUCUGGUGAACUUGGUGAUGACCGUCCAGUACAUAGCCUCAUGGGUGAUGUUAUCAAAGGAAGAUAUUGGCAGAUUGUUGCUGAUGAUCGCAGGAAGAAACCAUACAGUAUAAUUCUCGCUGAUAAAAAUGCACCAAAUGAAGAAGUUUGGAGACAGAUUGAGGAUAUGUGUAGAAGCACAAGGGCUUCUGCAGUUCCAGUUGUUCCUGAUUCUGAAGGAACUGAUACAAAUCCGUUCACUCUUGAUGCAUUAGCCAUUUUCAUCUUUCGUGUGCUUCAACGAGAAAAUCACCCUGGACUUCUGGACAGUAAGUCUCCAUGUGUUGGUUAUGUCCUGCUGAUGUUUUACCAUCUUUAUGACGGAAAGAACCGCAGUGAGUUUGAGACGGAGCUGAUUGAGCGUUUUGGCACUCUUGUCAAAAUACCAUUACUCAAGUCUGACAGGAGUCCUCUACCUGGCUCUGUGAGGUCUAUAUUAGAGGAGGGAGUACGUCUUUUCCAGCUUCACAGAAACAAACAUGGAAGACUGGAGUCCAGCAAAGGGUCAUAUAAGAAGGACUGGGAGAAUUGGGAAAUACGGCUACGUCAGGUUUUAUUUGCUAAUGCAGACUCUCUGAACGCUAUUCAGGUUCCGUUUAAUCAUGUGGUCAAACAAGUGUUGGACCAACUAAAAGCUGUUGCUAAAGGCGAAUCUAGAACACCUAUUACAAGGAAGCCGCGGUUGGGAACAAUUAUUUUUGCUGCGGUCACUCUUCCAGUCACAGAAAUCAGGACCUUCCUAAAUGGGUUGUGUGAGAAGAAUCCUAAAAUUAAAGGUUUCCUCAAGGACAAGGAUUUGCUGAGAUGCAUUACAAAAGCUCAUGUAACUCUGGCGCACAAGGGAAGCCACGGUGUUGCAGCUGUUGCUAAUUAUAGCGUGUACCUCAACCGAGAGGUACCAGUAGAUCUUACGUCCUUGCUCUUUUCAGAAAAAUGUGCUGCACUAGAGGCCUGUUUAGGGUCAGUUGAUGGUGAGAAGAUUAGUUCGAAAAACGAAUGGCCCCAUGUCACCAUAUGGACUGCACCAGGAGUACCUGCCAAAGAAGCCAACACACUACCACAACUGGUUUCAGAGGGCAAGGCAAUUCGCGUUGGUAUAAAUCCACCUUUCACCAUUUCUGGCACAUUAGACUUCUACUGAUUUGUCACUACUACUUGAGUUGUGGAUAGUAGAUAUAGAUUUAGGGCAGAUUAAGAAAGAUGUAUCUUUUUGACAAUUGCCAUCAAACCAAAUUGUAGUAGGAAAGAAUAAAAUUCUAGUAAAAUUCGUUUUAAGUUUCAUGGCAAAACCAAAUUGUAAUAGGACUCUAAUUCCUGAUCCUUAAAGAACACGAAAAAAAAGGUUCUCUAUUUAUAUCAUCUCUAGUGGGAAUUCAUGGAUUCA